AUGAAAAAAAGGCUUCGAGGGAAGAACGUUUUCAGCUAUAAGGAGGGGCCGUGGCGCGUAACGCCCGCCACUGCCAGUCCCGCAAUGGCGGUGUGGUGCGGCGCGCGCAUACUGCCGCUAGAGAGACGCGUCUACUCCAUAACGCUAGUGAUAGAUCCAAACACAGCGUUUUUGCGCGCCGCGCGAGCGGGACAGCUGGAUACAGUCGUCGAUUUGCUGGACUCCGGAGCCGUGAAGGACAUCAAUACCUGCAACUCGAACGGCCUCAACGCACUACAUCUCGCAGCGAAAGAUGGUCACAUAUCCGUGGUGGAGGAACUCUUAAAAAGAGGCGCAACCGUCGACGCCGCUACUAAAAAAGGCAACACAGCCCUCCACAUAGCAUGCCUGGCGGGCCAGGAGGAUGUGGCUCGAGCGCUCCUCGGUGCUGGGGCGAAGGCCGACGCCCAAUCGGCGGCUGGCUUCACGCCUCUCUACAUGGCCGCCCAGGAAAACCACGCGGGAUGCGUCAAGAUGCUCCUCGCUGCCGGGGCCAGUCAGACCCUCGCGACAGAGGACGGUUUCACGCCGCUGGCGGUGGCUAUGCAGCAGGGACAUGACCGAGUGGUCGCCGAACUCCUAGAGUCGGACACGCGGGGCAAAGUGCGGCUACCCGCCUUGCACAUAGCCGCCAAGAAGAACGACGUGAAGGCCGCUAUGCUUCUACUCGAGAACGAGCACAACCCAGACGCGUGCUCCAAAUCGGGCUUCACGCCGCUCCACAUCGCCGCCCACUACGGCAACGUGGGCGUGGCGAAGGCGCUGCUGGCCAGCGGCGCUGACCCCGGGCGCGCGGCUAAACACAACAUAACCCCGCUGCACGUCGCCAGCAAGUGGGGUCAGCUGGCGAUGGUCGACCUGCUCGUAGAGAACGGUGCAAACAUAGCGGCUGUGACCAGGGACGGGCUGACUCCUCUGCACUGCGCCGCCCGCUCGGGCCACAGCAACGUAGUGUCGCGUCUAUUGCAACAUGGCGCGCCCAUCACCAGUAAAACUAAGAACGGUCUCACUCCUCUCCACAUGUCCGUGCAAGGCGAACACGUGGAGACGGCCAAAGUCCUCCUUACAGAGGGCGCCCCCAUCGAUGACGUCACAGUCGAUUACUUGACGGCGCUGCACGUCGCCGCACACUGCGGCCAUGUCAAAGUAGCCAAGCUACUGUUGGACAGGAACGCAGACGCGAACGCGCGCGCUCUCAACGGAUUCACACCCCUGCAUAUUGCGUGCAAGAAGAACAGGCUCAAAGUCGUCGAAUUGCUGCUGAAAUACGGCGCAAGCAAAUCGGCGACCACCGAGUCGGGGCUGACGCCGCUGCACGUGGCCGCCUUCAUGGGCUGCAUGAACAUCGCCCUGGUGCUGGUGGGCGCGGGCGCGGAUGCGGACGCGGCCACAGCGAGGGGCGAGACGCCGCUGCACCUCGCCGCCAGGGCGCACCAGACCGACCUCGUGCGCGUGCUGCUGCGGAACAACGCCAAGGUCGAAGCGAGGGCCCGCGAGGAGCAGACGCCGCUGCACGUGGCGGCCCGCCUGGGGCACGCGGACAUCGCCGCGUUGCUGCUGCAACACGGCGCAGAUGUCGCCGCCGCCACCAAGGACCUGUACACGCCCCUGCACAUCGCCGCCAAGGAAGGCAAGGAAGAAGUGGCGUCCAUACUGCUGGACAACAGCGCGCCGAUCGAAGCCGAGACACGCAAGGGGUUCACGCCGCUGCACUUGGCCGCUAAGUACGGCGACAUGGGUGUUGCCAGACUGCUCUUGGCGCGGGGGGCCCAGCCCGACGCGCCGGGCAAGAGUCACAUCACUCCGUUACAUAUGGCAACGUACUACGGCCAUCCGGAUAUCGCGCUACUCCUACUCGACAAAGGAGCGUCACCCCACUCGCUGGCGAAGAACGGCCACUCCGCCUUACACAUCGCUUGCCGACACAACCAUCCCGAUAUCGCAUUUGCUCUUCUCGAACAUGAUGCAGACCCUGGUGUUAAAUCAAAGGCGGGCUUCACUCCACUGCAUAUGGCGGCUCAAGAAGGUCACGAAGAUUGUGUAGAGAUGCUGAUAGAGCGCGGCGCCGAUGUUAACGUACCAGCCAAUAAUGGGCUGACGGCGGUGCACCUGGCGGCCACGGAGGGGCGCACGGCGGUGCUGCGCUCGCUGCUCGCCGCGGGCGGCCGCUGCGGCGCGCGCACCCGCGACGGCUACACGCCGCUGCACGCGGCCGCGCACCACGCGCACCUGGCGGCCGCGCGCGCGCUGCUCGACGCCGGCGCAGACGUGGCCGCGCGCGCCGCGCACGGAUUCACUCCGCUGCACCAAGCGGCUCAACAGGGGCAUACCUUGAUCAUUCAGUUGCUGCUGAAGAACAACGCGGAUCCCAACGCAUUAUCUGCUAAUGGACAGACCGCGUGCGCGAUUGCCGACAGGCUCGGCUAUAUCAGCGCAGUGGAGGCGCUCCGCCCUGUCACCGAGAACACACUGAGCCAGGCUGUUGGCGACGCUGGUGAG